CCGGCGAGCAAUGAAAAGCAAGCAGCCAUGCCGAACGAAAGGAGCCCGCUGAUUCAACGCGUCGACGUUCGGCCACAUCGCGACCGUUAUCCACACCAUCAUCUUCGAUUCAUCUGCACUUCUCUUCUGAGCGCAAUCGUAUUCGCUGGUGGACUCGCUGCCGUCUUCUUUCUCAGCAUCGCGCCGCCGACCCAGGACGAAGAAUAUCCCAUAUCGCGCUUAUCGGCACACUUGUCUUCGCCUGCGACACGAAUCCCCGAAGGAUGGGCGCGCAAAACGGCAUUGGAUUUUGAUGGCCUACAGAGCAUACUGCUUGAGACGCCAAGCGCAGAGAAGGCGGAACAAUGGAGCAAGUACUACACCAGCGGACCGCAUCUGGCUGGAAAGAACUUUAGCCAGGCGCUGUGGACGAGAGAACGAUGGCAGGAAUGGGGAGUCCCCAGUACCAUUGUCGAUUAUGAUGUGUACAUCAACUACCCGAAAGGCCACCGCCUAGCCCUGCUGGAAAAGAGCGGAUAUGAGAAUACAAAGAAAGAUGGUUCUACUAUCUCAGAGGACGCAUGGAAGGUCAGGUACGAAGCGCGGUUGGAGGAAGACGUGCUGGAAGAGGAUGAGUCGAGCCAACUCGCAGAUCGCAUACCCACGUUUCACGGAUACAGUGCUUCAGGCAAUGUCACGGCGUCCUACGUCUUUGUGAACUACGGAACAUAUGACGAUUUCGAAGAACUGAGGGCUGCGAACGUCAGCUUGGACGGCAAGAUCGCAUUGGCCAAGUAUGGUGGUGUUUUCCGUGGUUUGAUUGUCAAGCGCGCGCAAGAACUGGGAAUGAUCGGUGUGGCCAUCUACAGCGAUCCUGGUGAUGAUGGCGAGAUCACUGAAAAGAAUGGCGUCGCAGCUUAUCCGGAUGGUCCAGCCAGACAGCCCAGCAGCGUGCAACGAGGAAGCGUCCAGUUUUUGAGCUUUGCUCCAGGAGAUCCAACCACCCCUGGCUAUCCUUCGAAGCCUGGCUGCCCACGCCAACCCGUCGACCAUGCCAUGGGGCAAAUUCCCUCCCUACCUAUCUCGUAUAUGGAUGCUUUGCCUCUUCUCAGAGCACUCAAUGGCCACGGACCGGAAGCAUCGUCGUUCAGCAAGAACUGGCACGGCGGUGGCCUAGACUACAAAGGCGUGCAGUACAGCAUUGGUCCGUCUCCGGAUGAACUCGUCUUGAAUCUCGUAAACGAACAAGAAUACGUUACAACGCCUCUGUGGAAUGUGAUUGGAAUAAUCAAUGGCACAAUCCCAGACGAAGUCAUUGUCUUAGGAAACCAUCGGGAUGCUUGGAUUGCUGGGGGCGCAGGAGACCCAAAUAGUGGUUCCGCGGCACUGAAUGAAGUAAUUCGAAGCUUUGGUGCUGCAGUAAAAGCUGGUUGGAAGCCACUGAGGACAAUCGUAUUCGCAAGCUGGGAUGGGGAGGAGUACGGCUUGAUUGGCAGUACGGAAUGGGUGGAGGAAUACUUGCCCUGGCUUUCUGGCUCAGCUGUCGCAUAUCUCAACGUUGAUGUUGGCACAAAAGGACAGAAUUUCGAGCUUUUUGCUGCACCUUUGCUGAGCAGGGUCGUUGAAGAAUCCGUUCAAAUGGUCGCAUCCCCAAACCAGACGGUCCCUGGUCAGUCAGUCUACGACUUAUGGGACAAGAAGAUUGGAACGAUGGGAUCCGGUAGCGAUUUCACUGCUUUCCAAGACUUUGCCGGCAUUCCAUCAAUCGACAUGGGCUUUGGAGACAAUUCCAAGUCUGCUGCUGUGUACCACUAUCAUAGCAACUACGACUCUUUCGACUGGAUGAAGAAGUACGGUGAUCCUGGAUUCGAGUAUCACGCUACCAUCGCAAAGGUCUGGGCGCUCGUAGCAGCAAAGCUUAUCGACUCGCCUGUUCUCCAGCUCAAUGCUACAGACUAUGCGCUCGGCCUGCAAAAGUAUGUCGAAACGGUCAAACACACAAAACAGAGGGCAACCCAGAACGAGAUCUCGGACAAGAUCUGGCAACCUCUUGAUGAGGCCGUAUCCCAUUUCUUCUUUUCCGCCACUACCCAUGACGGCACGGCUUCCGAUCUUGAGGUUCAAUACUCGGAAAUCGACGAUAUCCCCUGGUGGCAACCGUGGAAAAAGCUCCAAUUAUUCCUGGCUAUUCGCACAGUCAACACCAAGUACAAGUACUUGGAGCGUAAGUUUCUCUUCCCCGAUGGGCUUGAUGGAAGGAGUUGGUUCAAGCAUGUUGUCUUUGCACCGGGUAAGUGGACCGGCUACGCAGGCGCAACCUUCCCUGGCAUCGUCGAGGCUAUAGAGGAUGGAAACGAAGAGGCUGCAAGGCGCUGGGUUGAUAUCGUUAGCAAGGCAAUCAGUGGUGCUGCAGAUUGGUUGGAGGAGUAGGGAAGUGGACAUACAAUCGUUCUGUAGAUGUUUCGAAGAGGAGCAAUGUACCAAGCC